UCCGAACUUCAAUCACGUUCUCGUAUUCGCAAUUCGCCAUUUAUGAUCCGUCGUGGUUUUGUCGGGGAUAGCAAAGUUACCAAAAAUCAACAACGUGGCCGAUCCAAAUUUAACAUUAACUGCAACAAAAAAAUUAAAAAAUUUGAUAUUGCUUCAUUUUGCAUGAAUGGAAAUAAUAAUAUCAACAAUGUUAAAGAUAAAGCAUAUUUAGAAGAAAUUGAGACGGCAACAAUUUUAGAUGAGGAUGAAGAUGAGGAUUGCCUUUUUGCACGUCUUGUUGUGGCUAGACUUAAAAAAUUUAGUCCAAAGAAACGAAGAGAAAUGCGCUCACGUAUACAUCAUUGGUUGGAUCAAGAGGAAGAUAAAAUUGAAAUGACAACGAACGAUGAGGGGAAGGAGCUCGAUACGACACAGUCAAAUGAAGACAAUAAUGAUGAUUUAAUCCGAUUAUAA